CGCAGGUUGGGGUGUUACAACUAACGAGUCUUUGUGCAAGGAAUUUUCCGAGUUAAUGACUAGCGAGUUUGAAAUGUCAAUGAUGGGUGAGCUCACGUUCUUUUUGGGGCUUUAAGUGAAGCAAAUGAGAGAUGGCACAUUCAUUUGCCAAGCUAAGUAUUGCAAAGAACUUCUAAAACGGUUCGAAAUAGACAACGCCAAAGCCAUGGCAACUCAAAUGAGCACAUCCGACCAUCUUGACAAAGAUGAGAAAGGUAAGGAAGUAGAGGUCAAAAAGUAUCGAGCUGCACCAAUCCGGGCUGUGGCCGUUCGACUCCGGCGUGAGGACAACGUGCUCUAUAGCCUCGUCAAGUCAACACCGAUCGAGGUCACGGUGGAGCAGCUUGGGCGCAUCGCCGGCCUACCCUACCAAGGCAAUGACAUCUCCAACUAUGGUGGAGAGGACUGGGUGAUCAACAACGAAGGGUUGGUCCUCAACGAGCUAGGCAUCACCGACCUCAUUCCCCACGCCACCGGUCGCCCCACCAUCCACUCUACUAGCCCUGAGAGCCGCCUCCUCCUCUACAUCGUGUCCCGCAUAAUAAAACCCUGGAAGCACGGACACACGAUUAUGUCCAGCGAGAACCUCAAGCUCCUCCAAGCAAUCAUGCACUCGACGCUAAUCAAUUGGGCAAAGUUUGUCAUGAUUUACAUGACGGACGCCAUGUCUCUCGCCAACGACCACCUCCUUCCAUACCCCUUCUUGGUGAUGGAUAUCCUUGAACAUUUCAAGGUUACCACCACCGUUGGCCCACUCACCAAGGCCACGAAGAUUUGGACGAUCCACGACCGAACCUUCAAGAAGCGGUCGGAAAACGCUGCCCCUGCCACUGCCGAAUGACGCCGCAAUGCCACAAGCCCAGUCGCACCUCCGGCCCGCUCCAACCUGGCCUCCAUCGCCGAAUCCCUCAACCGUUUGACUCUCACAAUCGACGGGAUGGGCGGGUACCUUGAACGGAUCGACGAAGCCGUUCAAUGCCAGGGUUACGCCAUGAAUGCAUACUUCCAACGCGUUAACUACGUCCCUCCCGCCGUACUAAGACACGUUUCU